AUGGCGUCCACCGCGUCCUUCACUCUGGACGUGGCGACAGUCCUCUGCAUUGUAUUUUCACUUUCUAUGAUGCCAAUCGCGUACAUUUUGAGCAAGACCCUUGUCCCAGCCCACAGGACACGCGAUCGUGUCCUCUUUUUCUGGCACGCGUAUGAUGCCCUCACCCAUGUCUUCAUCGAAGGCUCAUUCCUCUACGAAUGCUUCUUCAGCUUUACCACCGUUACUGAAAAUAGAAGUGUGGAGCCCUUCUUCCUCAACGACCCAACCCGUAUUUAUGGUCCCGCCUACGGCACUGGACCUAGCUCACGCCUCUGGCAGGAAUACGCCAAGGCUGACCGCCGAUGGGCUGGCCCUGAUUUAACUGUCGUCUCGCUGGAGUUAUUGACCGUUUUCCUCGGUGGUCCGGCUGCGAUUUAUAUCUGCUAUCUGCUGUGUCGGUCGUCGAAUGAGAAGAUCAGUGCCAAGUCCCGUGGCAGUGUUAAGGCGACGCUGUGGCUGGUUUCAACCGUGCUUGCUACGGCCGAGUUGUACGGUGGAUUUAUGACCUUUGCACCGGAGUGGCUGACAGGAAGCUCCCAGCUGGCUACUGAGGAUCCGGUGUACCUUUGGCUGUACUUGUUCUUCUUCAACACCCUCUGGGUCUUUAUCCCUCUGUGGGUGUUGUGGGAGGCGGCGAAAGAACUACGUGGUGCCUUUGUGACCGCGGAGUCUCAGAAUGAGAGGAAGACUCGGUAA